UUCCACCGCCCCCCUCCGACGCCGCCCCGAGCCCUGCCCGCUAGGGCCGUCCCGGCGGCGGGUGCGGGCAGCGCAGCGCAGCGCCAUGGCGGCGGGGCUACGGUUUGACGGCCGUGUGGUGCUGGUCACCGGCGCCGGAGGAGGUUUGGGCAGAGCUUAUGCACUCGCUUUUGCUGAAAGAGGAGCUUCAGUGGUUGUGAAUGAUCUUGGAGGUGACUUCAAGGGAUAUGGCAAGAGCUCCUCAGCUGCUGACAAAGUUGUCAGUGAAAUCAGAGCAAAAGGAGGGAAAGCAGUACCCAAUUAUGAUUCAGUGGAAGAUGGUGAAAAGCUUGUGAAGUCAGCACUUGAGGCUUUUGGGAGGAUAGAUAUUGUCAUAAACAAUGCAGGGAUUUUAAGAGACCGUUCCUUUGUUCGGAUAAGUGAUGAAGAUUGGGAUAUAAUUCAUAGAAUUCAUCUGAGGGGAUCAUUCCUUGUCACCCGAGCUGCAUGGAAUCAUAUGAAAAAUCAGAAGUUUGGCAGGAUAAUUAUGACUUCCUCAGCUGCUGGAAUUUAUGGAAACUUUGGUCAGGCCAACUACAGUGCUGCAAAACUUGGCCUUUUGGGUCUUUCAAACACAAUUGCAAUUGAAGGCCGGAAGUACAACAUCCACUGCAACACCAUUGCUCCUACUGCUGGAUCCAGACUGACCCAGACUGUCAUGCCACAAGAUCUGAUCGAUGCUUUCAAACCAGAGUACGUUGCUCCAUUAGUUCUUUGGCUUUGCCACGAGAGCUGUAUGGAGAAUGGCAGUCUGUUUGAGGUGGGAGCCGGAUGGAUUGGAAAAUUGCGCUGGGAGCGAUCCUUGGGUGCUAUUGUCAGAGGAAAGGAUCAGCCAAUGACUCCUGAAGCAGUGAGAGAUAAGUGGGAGAAAGUCUGUGACUUUGAUAACGCCAGCAAACCUAGAAGUAUCCAAGAGUCCAUAAGUGUAUUGAAUGAUGCUCUAAGUCAGAUAGAGUCUCAAGGGAGCAUAUCUAUGAAUCCUACAAGCUCUGGAUCAGUGGUCUCUUCAUCUGUUGAUACAACCAACAUUGUUGGCCGGGAAUUGACUACAAAGGUGUAUACGUAUACUCACUUAGAGCCUAUUCUAUAUGCUCUUGGUGUGGGAAUGUCAACUAAGGAUCCAGAUCACCUGAAAUUUCUCUUUGAAGGAAGUGAAGAGUUCUGCUGCUUACCUAGCUUUGGAGUAAUUCCUGCUCAGACUUCAAUGUUUGAUGGUAUUCCUUCUCUUCCAGGACUAAAUAUUGAUCUUGCAAAGAUGCUGCAUGGUGAGCAAUAUCUGGAACUGUAUAAACCAUUACCAACCUCAGGACAACUAACUUCAGUUUCAACUAUUGCUGAUAUACUUGACAAAGGUUCGGGAGCAGUCUUGCUAAUAGAUGUGAAUACCUAUUGUGGAAAGGAUCUAGUGUGCUUUAACCAAUUCUCCUUGUUUUUCGUUGGAGCUGGAGGGUUUGGUGGAAAACGAACAUCAGAAAAGGCCAAGGUAACAGUGAAUCCACCCAAGAGACCCCCUGAUGCUGUACUUUCUGAUGUCACAACAGCUGAUCAGGCUGCCUUAUAUCGGCUUAGUGGGGAUUGGAAUCCUUUACAUGUUGAUCCAAGUUUUGCUGCGCUUGGAGGAUUUCAGAAGCCCAUACUUCAUGGACUAUGCACCUUUGGGUUUGCUGCGAGAAACGUUUUGAAGCAGUUUGCAAAUAAUGAUGUGACCAGAUUCAAGGCAAUCAAGGUGCGCUUUGCAAAGCCAGUCAUUCCAGGGCAGACUUUACAAACAGAAAUGUGGAAGGAAGGAGAUAGAAUCCAUUUUCAGACCAAGGUCAAGGAGACUGGAGACAUUGCUAUUGCAGGGGGCUAUGUGGAUCUAACUUCAGCUGUCGAUAAGGCUUUUGCUCGGGAGCCUUUGAAGACUGCAGGGCUGCAGAGUGACCUUGUGUUUGAAGAAAUAGGCCGUCGCGUCAAAGAGAUUGGAAAUGAAUUGGUAAAGAAAGUAAAUGCCAUAUUCCAGUGGGACAUAACUAAAGAUGGAAAAACAGCAAUGCAAUGGACAAUUGACUUGAAGAAUGGCUCUGGGGCUGUGUAUCAAGGACCUGCAAGAAGUUCUGCUGAUACUACCUUCACUCUCUCAGACCAAGAUUUUAUGGAUGUGGUGCAACAAAAGACCAACCCCCAAAAGGCAUUCUUUUCUGGUAAGCUAAAAGUGAAGGGGAACAUCAUGCUGAGCCAGAAACUGGAAACAAUCCUGAAAGAUUAUGCCAAACUCUGAAUUGCUCAAUCAUCUACCACAGUAGUGAAGAACUUCAGAAAACAGAAACUUCAAUUACUUCAGAAGCAAUGAUUAAAACACUUUGUAGACUACGUAACAUUAAUGUACUGAUUCAUUAAACUGCUAAUAUACAAGCUAUUUUAAUUGCUGUAGACACAAUUAUGAAAUGACCGUAACCGUUAAUAGUGUUCCUUCUUUGUUUCUCAGCAUCAGUACAGAAUCAUACUUUUCUCAUUGUACAUCUUUCUCUGAAUAAAAGGUAUGUAGUUCUUAUAAAGAUGCAUAUAUUUCUAUAUUAAUUCUAAUGAAAAUUAAAUGAAUAUACCUCUUUAAUAUU